AGAGGAAGCUCGUACGCAUGCGCGUUUUAAAUCCACGUCACAAGUUGCUAAAAGAUACGUGGCUCUUACAUCUCUCACGCUUCGUAUCGAGAAAGACCUCGAAAAAAGCAUAAACACCAUGGAUCAGGUAAUGCAGUUUGUGGAGCCCAGUCGGCAGUUCGUCAAAGACUCCAUACGACUUGUAAAGAGAUGCACAAAACCCGACAGGAAAGAAUUCCAGAAGAUCGCCAUGGCCACAGCGAUUGGGUUUGCCAUCAUGGGUUUCAUUGGCUUCUUUGUCAAACUCAUUCAUAUCCCCAUCAACAACAUCAUUGUUGGCGGUUAAUUACUGGUCAACAAAAAAAACAGAAACUUCAAUACUGGGGGAGAGGAGCCAAUGGUGUAAAGUGUUAAAUGGCACUGCUGUGACUGGGGACUGAAGGGAUGGCAUUUUUACAUUCUUUGCACAGCAUUUAUGUUUUGAUGUGUAAAUAAAACAAAUGUAAACUCA